GGGGAUUGGUACACCUGAAUCACAUGAUCGGGAGGGGAUUGGAACACCUGAAUCACAUGAUAUGGAGGGGAUUGGAACACCUGAAUCACAUGAUCGGGAGGGGAUUGGAACACCUGAAUCACAUGAUUUGGAGGGGAUUGGAACACCUGAAUCACAUGAUAUGGAGGGGAUUGGAACACCUGAAUCACAUGAUUGGGAGGGGAUUGGAACACCUGAAUCACAUGAUCGGGAGGGGAUUGGAACACCUGAAUCACAUGAUUUGGAGGGGAUUGGAACACCUGAAUCACAUGAUCGGGAGGGGAUUGGGACACCUGAAUCACAUGAUUUGGAGGGGAUUGGAACACCUGAAUCACAUGAUCGGGAGGGGAUUGGAACACCUGAAUCACAUGAUUUGGAGG